AUGCAUGUUCCCCCACGGAGCCCCAGCUCCGACAGCCAGACUUUCUCAGUUUCCUUGUUUUGUCGUGUAACACACCUGAGGCCAGCAGCAGGGAAGGCUGAAGCCCCCAGUGAGGGGCCCUGCUCCUCCCCCACUUGGGCCCCACCUCUGGCCACUCCAGGGACCCUGGCGUCCGGGCUGCUCUUCCUCCGGGGUCCCCAUUUGCCCGCCGCCGUUGCCUACCUGCCUGUCCCAAAAAUCCGACCCCCACCUCCCCCCAGUUCACUGACCUCGGAGCCCCUACAGGUGUCCGAGCUCCGGGCCUCACCCGCCGCUCCGCUGACGCCGCCACUGCAGCGACCCCGGCACCCGCGGUUCUCCCCCCGGGACGAGUCCUUGGCCUACAAGCGCGGGGGCGCCGCGGGCUGCGGGAGAAGCCGGGACCCAGGCCCCGCGCCCCCUUCCCCUCCGCGGCAGCCCGGCCUCCCUCCGGGCCCGGGGAGGGGUCCCCGGCUCGCCUCCCUCCUACCCCUUCCCACUGGCCUCCGCCCGCUGCCCCUCGCCGCCCCCAGCCCGACCCUCCGCCGUCUCCGCGGCCCCGGGCGCAGGGAGCAGCCGGCGGCGCGUGUGCGCGCUCCCGGGAGGGCAGUACCCCCGCAGGCGCCGAGACCCCGGGCGCCGGGCGGGAGAACCCAGGCGCCGGGCCGGAGACCCCGGGCGCCGAGCGGGAGACCCCUGGAGCCGACCCCGAGACCCCAGGCGCCGAGCGGGAGAACCCAGGCGCCGGGCCGGAGACCCCGGACGCCGGCCCGAGACCCCAGGCGCUGGGCGGGAGAACCCAGGCGCCGGGCCGGAGACCCCGGGCGCCGACCCCGAGACCCCGGGCGCCGAGCGGGAGACCCCUGGAGCCAACCCCGAGACCCCAGGCGCCGAGCGGGAGAACCCAGGCGCCGGGCCGGAGACCCCGGGCGCCGACCCCGAGACCCCGGGCGCCGGGCGGGAGACCCCAGGGGCCGGGCCGGAGACCCCGGGCGCCGACCCCGAGACCCCGGGCACCGCCCCGAGACCCCGGGCGCCGGGCGGGAGACCCCUGACGCCAACCCCGAGACGCCCACCCCGAGACGCCCGGCGCCCGUCCGCCCCCGGCCCCGCCCCCCGGCGCGAUUGGCCGGGCCCGCGGGCUCCCGGCGCGCUGAUUGGGCGGCCGGCGUGUCAGUCGGGCGCGGCGCCGCGGCGGCGGGGGAGGCGGGCGCGGGACCGGAAGGGGCGACGCGCCCCGCGCCCCUCACUCCCUCUGCGGCGGGGCGGCGGCCGGCCGGGGCCCGGAGCCGCGGAGCCGCGAGCAGCAGCGCGCACAGCCCCUCCGCCCGCGCCGCGGGAGCCGAGGUGAGCGGCGGCGGCCUGCGGGGCUGCGGGGCCGGGGCCCGGGCGCCCUCCCCGCCGUCCCUGCGCCCGGGGCCGCCGCGCCCCCUCUCCCGCCGGCCGUCGGCAGCGCGGCGCUGCGGGCUCCCCUCUGGCCCGGCCCCGGCUGGACCUGCCCGGGGCUGGGGUGGGGGGUGCAGGUGCCGCCCCUCCCCGACCGGGGGGCACGCCGCUGCGCAGCCUCGGGGCGCUCGGGAGCCGGGGUCUGGGCCUCGCUGUUCCCGGUUUUCCCUCGAGAAAGGCGGGGCUGCCUGCUCCCCUGGACGGGUCGUCAGGCGCCGCGGCCGCGUGGACGCUCCUCGGCGGGCCUCUGGGCGGGAGCUGCCUGGCCGCGUGUGUGCAGGGCCCCCGAACCCCGGCCCCCGGGGCCCUGUCAUCGCAGGCGCGGAGCCCGGCGCCCCCGAGCGGGCCCUGCCCCUCUCCUGCGCCCCCCACCCGAUCCUUGCCCAGCUGGCUCCUUCUCAGCGUCGUGUCCCCGGCCAGCACGGCCUUCUUUGA